AUGUACGCAAUACAGCAGCAACAACAAACCACACAAAAGUACAUUAAGGACUACAGGUUCUUUUCUUUCGACUUUGUUACACAAACCGUUUGUCAAAGUCAAAGUGUCGUUCCAUCAAGUCCAGAGAUACAAUCGAAAAAGUACACGCCACUUACUGUUGUUAACACACAGCAAAGUGCUCAAAUCACAAGCUCAAUGUACAAACCCCAAGUAUUCAACACAAAUUUUCAACAACAACCUUCACACCCUCAAGAAACAAAGUUUCAGCAACAAAGUUUUCAAGGCACUCAACAGAGCAUGAACGGUGUUCUUCAACAGAAUAUCAAAGUGCUGACUCCUCCCUUUUCAUUACCAAAGACAGAACCACCAAAGACUCAAGAGGUUAACCCCAUCAAUGCAAAAGGGGUUGGUUUCCAACCACCACUUAUUUUGCAACAAAAUAAUGUUCAACCCGCUCACCAAAGUACUGUCGCACAACAACCAAUACUUAAUGAAAACAAACUCGAAGUCGUCAAUCAAAACUUGGCAACUCCAACCAAAGAAGAAAUCAAAGAAGCUGUGCCUCUGAAUUUCAAUGGAAACGAAGAAGUUAAAAAGAUGAUAGAAAUUCCAAAUAUGUCAGUUCCUCAAAAAAGUGAACUUCCUGUGCAACACCAAAUCGAGGAGAUUCCAAAGGAACAUUCAGAUGCACCACAACAACUUCAACAACACACUCAAAUCACACAAAUCCCUCAACCAAUGCAAAUUCCUCAAGAACUUCCAACAGUUCAAGUCACUCAAGACAAUCAACCACCUCAACCAAUGGACGCACAACCACCAUUGGACUUCAUAGAAUUGCAAGUGGAAGAGCCUUUGGAUUCGCCUCAAACAUCAGUGCCAAUUCAGCCACCCCCAGUUUCACAACAACAAAUUGACCCACCAAAGCUUCCAGACCCAGAACACAUGACUCCUCUACAAAGGAAAAACUACGAGAACGAGAAACGGAAAAUGGACGCCAAAGUUAAUCCUUAUUCCAACCAAGGACCACCAACAGUUCCUCUGAAAGGUUACAUGAUUAAGGAAGUGUAUGGUGUUCGUGUUCCUAUUAUAUACAGACAAGGAUGCUACGAAUUACUCAACAAACACUUCUGCCAAAUGGGAUAUUCACCAGAGGAAGCGCGUGCGCACGCAAUUGAAGAAGAGAAGGCGCUCUCCGAGCACUCGUCUGAUUCCCAGAAUUUCUUGAUCCACCGAUCACGGCGGUUCAAAAUCCUCGGCAUUGAGUUGCCGAAACAGAAGAAAGACAAACCAAAGAAGAAAGAAAAGAAGGUGGCCAAGCAGUGA